AUGUUCGCCCGAUCAAUGUUGAGGUCCGCCGGACCACUCCGCCAGAGCAUCCGGAGCUACGCGACCGAAGCACCCAGCAAAUCCUCCUCAACGCCGUUCAUCGUCGGUGCCGCAGCCGUGGGUACCGGCAUCCUCGGCUACACCUUUUUGGGCAACAACAAAGUCGCGGCUGACGCACCCAAGCCGUCCGACGACGCCAAGUACGGCGCUUCAAAGAUUGGAGAUGGGUCCAAGGCCUUCACCGGCGGAGACCAGGGAUUCAUUAGUCUCAAGCUCGCCGAGGUCCACGAAUACAACCACAAUACCAAGAUCCUCAAGUUCGCACUGCCGGACCCUGAACAGGUCUCCGGAUUGAGCGUUGCAUCUGCCGUUAUCACAAAAUACCAACCUCCGAAUGGAGAGAAACCGAUCAUUAGGCCGUAUACGCCCAUCAAUGAUGAAGAUGUCAAAGGUUACUUGGAGCUCCUCGUCAAGGUCUACCCGAACGGUCCGAUGUCUGAACACAUGCACUCGAUGGUGCCUCCGCAAAGACUUGACUUCAAGGGUCCUAUUCCGAAAUACCCCUGGGCGCCCAACAAGCAUGAUCACAUCACCCUGAUCGCCGGCGGCACUGGGAUCACGCCCAUGUACCAGCUGAUCCGGACCAUCUUCAAGAACCCCGAGGACAAGACCAAGGUAUCUUUGAUCUACGGCAACGUGACAGAAGCGGACAUCCUGCUCAAGGAGGAGCUGGAGAAGAUUGAAAACGAGUUCCCCCAACGGUUCCGCGCCUUCUAUCUAUUGGACAACCCCCCGCCCAGCUGGCCGUACGGCAAAGGCUUCAUCAGCAAGGAAUUGGUCAAGACCGUGGCCCCGGACCCGAAGAGCGGAAACAUCAAGAUCUUUGUCUGUGGCCCUCCAGGCAUGUACAAGGCCGUCAGUGGCAACAAGACCAGUCCCCAGGACCAGGGCGAGUUGAGCGGAAUCCUCAAGGACCUGGGCUACACCAAGGACCAGGUGUUCAAGUUCUAG